UCGGGGCAGAGAAUCAAUGUGGAAAAAUCGUCAAUCUUUUUUAGCAAAGGGGUUGCGGAUUCGGCAAGAGGGUCAAUCAUGAAUAUACUUGAUGUGCAUAAUGAGUCGUUAACUGAGAAGUACUUGGGUUUGCCAUCAGAUGUCGGCAGAGCAAAGGAAGGAUCUUUUAGAUAUCUGAAGGACCGAAUUUGGAAACGUGUUCAGGGUUGGAUGGAAAAGUGCCUGUCAGCGGGGGGGAAGGAAGUACUCAUCAAGUCUGUGGCCCAGGCCAUUCCAACAUACUCAAUGGCAUGUUUCAAGCUACCACGAGGUUUAUGUGAGCAUAUCAAUAGUUUGAUACGCAAGUUCUGGUGGGGGAGUAAAAACGGUGAGCGGAAAACAGCUUGGGUGUCGUGGGAAACAAUGUCAAAACCAAAAUUUAUGGGCGGCCUGGGUUUCCGUGACAUUGAGCUUUUCAACCUAGCUCUUCUUGCUCGGCAAGCGUGGCGAUUGAUGCAGCAACCGGAUGCUCUAAGCGCUCGCAUUCUAAAAGCUCGCUACUUUCCAAAUACUGACUUGUUGAACGCCACAAUUGGCAAUGCACCUUCGUAGGUUUGGCGGUCACUCUUGGAGGGUCGAGACAUUCUGUCUUUGGGGCUCAUCAAGCGCAUUGGAACCGGAGCAACUACGCAUAUUUGGCAGGAUAAUUGGGUGCCGAGAGAUUUCAAGCUGAGGCCCUUCUGCGCCCGCUCCACGAACCCGCCGGUUUUGGUUUCAGAACUUGUCAACUCAGCCACAAGAUCAUGGAAUCGGCAAGUUUUAUCUGAGCAUUUCAUCCCUGCCGAUGUAGAAGCGAUCCUCAACAUACCGCUCAGUACCAGGCAACAGGAGGACUUUUGGGCAUGGCACUACGACAAGAGAGGGAUCUUUUCGGUCCGGUCAGCUUACAGGAUGAUUUGCGCCAUCAAAACACAACGAGAGGAUUGGCUGGAGCAUCGCCCUGGUCACUCUAACGUCGCGGCGGACAAAAACUCAUGGUCUCAGCUAUGGAAGGUAAAGGUCCCCUCAAAGAUAAGAGUUUUUGUAUGGCGGUUGGCGCAUACUUCUAUCCCUACCGACCUGGUCAGACAUGAAAGACAUAUGGCAGAGACCCCCGUCUGCUCUAUAUGCGGAGCAAUGGAGGAUACAUGGCGCCACUCGCUUCUGAGUUGCCGCAUGGCAAGAUGUGUUUGGGCUUUGGAGGAUGAUGAGUUGGUUGAGCAUAUGAUAUCAAAUCAAACCGAAGACGCGAGGCUAUGGCUGUUCUGGUUGUUUGAGAACACAAACCAACGAGACUUAGCUCGAAUUCUAGUGACCAUGUGGGCGAUCUGGUGGGCCAGGAGGAAAGCUAUACACGAAGAGGCGUUUCAGAGCCCGCUAUCCACUAUGUCGUUCGUAAACAGAUUCCUGGAGGAGCUGGAGUUAGCGAACACGAUAAAACCCUCGGCUGUUGUCAUACGAGGGAACCGGCAAAGAGCAAAGAUGUGGCUACCACCCCAGGGCGAGUCGUCAAAGUUAAAUUGUGAUGGGGGUUGUCAAUCUUAGGAGACAAAGGAGCAGCAGGAGUUGUGUGUCGUGACAGAUUUGGCAAGUUUAUUGGUGCUUCUGCAACAGUUUUUGAUGGCCUCACUGACCCGGCUAGUCUCGAAGCUCUUGCGUGCAGCGAAGCACUAGCUCUAGCCCGGGAUUUAAAUCUCCAGGAUCUCACCAUUGCCACGGAUUGUGCUGAAGUGUUUUCAAAUAUUAGAUCGUCGGGGUUUCCUGCUUAUGCUCCUAUCCUUCGUGAGAUCCACACAAGCUGUAAUGCCUUUUCUUCGGUUGACUUCUGUUUAGAAAGUAGAGAUAAUAAUUUUGAGGCCCACUUGCUUGUCAAGGGAGCUGCGUCUCUCGCAGUGGGUCGUCAUGUGUGGCUAGGGGUUCUUCCGGAUAUUUUGUGCAUUCCGGACGCUGUGAACUUUGAAUAAAAUCCCUAGUUUGCCUUAAAAAAAAAAUACAGAUGCGGUUUCUGCGCUUCACCCCCACGCCACGGCAGUCGUCCCCCUUGCCUGCCACCGCCCGUGCCACAACCCAGCCGCCGCCGCCGCCGACACGGAUCUCCCGACUGCGAUGAAAGCCACCCGGGCGGCGGCCAAGCUGCACUACUUACUGUGUCCCGGUGAGCUUGCUGGGCCAGUAUGCAAAAGUAAAGCAUCUUCAGGUGGACCUUCCAGCCAUCAAGCUUGCAGACAGUGCACAAGUCACAGAAGAGACUUUACUAACAUCAUUGAGGCGAUGCCUUAGCCAGCAUUCUGCUCUACAAGCACAUGAUGGGCAUUGGGCCGGGGACUUCAGUGGAAUUUUGUUCAUUAUGCCCAUCUUGAUAUUUGCUCUACAUGUUACUGGAUCACUCAAUACUGUCCUAUCAACAGAACAUCGACAUGAGAUUUGUCGCUAUAUUUACAACCAUCAGAAUGAAGAUGGUGGUUGGGGCACGCAAGUGCUGGGUCCGAGCACCAUGUUUGGAUCAUGCUUAAACUAUGUUACCUUAAGGCUUCUUGGCGAGGUGGAAAAUGAUGCCUUAACCAAGGGACAUGCUUGGAUUCUAUUGCGCGGAAGUGCAACUGCAAUACCACAAUGGGGAAAGAUAUGGCUCUCGGUGGUUGGUUUAUAUGAAUGGUCUGGAAAUAAUUCGAUCAUUCCUGAGUUAUGGCUUGUCCCGCAUUUUCUUCCGAUUCAUCCAGGACGAUUCUGGUGCUUUUGCCGGUUGGUUUAUAUGCCAAUGUCUUAUCUUUACGGUAAGAAGUUUGUUGGCCCAAUUACACCAACAAUAGUGGCAAUAAGAGAGGAGCUCUAUAGUGUUUCAUACAGCGAGAUUGAUUGGAACAAAGCACGUGAUACUUGUGCUAAGGAAGACCUUCGCUAUCCACGGUCGUUGCUGCAAAAUGUUAUUUGGACUUGUCUUAAUAAAUUUGUAGAGCCAGUGUUGAAUUGUUGGCCAAUCAAUAAGUUGAGAGAUACAGCGCUGAAGAACCUCAUGAAACAUAUACAUUAUGAAGAUGAAAGCACUAAAUACAUUGGCGUAUGUCCGAUUAACAAGGCACUAGAUAUGAUUUGUUGUUGGAGCGAGGAUCCAAAUUCAGAUGCACUGAAGUUGCAUCUUCCAAGGAUCUAUGACUAUUUAUGGCUUGCAGAAGAUGGCAUGAAAGCACAGGUUUAUGAUGGUUGUCAAAGCUGGGAGCUUGCUUUUAUUGUUCAAGCAUAUUGCUCGACAGACCUUGUCAAUGAGUUUGGUCCAACACUUCGGAAAGCCCAUGAGUUCAUUAAAAGUUCACAGGUUCUUGAGAACCAUCCUAACAGUGAAGCUUAUUACCGCCAUAGGUCAAAAGGUUCAUGGACACUUUCAACAGCGGAUAACGGGUGGUCUGUAUCAGAUUGUACUGCAGAAGCACUUAAGGCAUUGUUGUUGUUGUCGAAGAUCUCUCCUAAUCUUGUGGGGGGUCCCAUGAAAGGAGAAAGGUUGCAUGAUGCAGUCGAUUGCUUACUUUCUUUUAUGAAUAAAGAUGGCACAUUUUCUACAUAUGAGUGUAAGAGAACUACAUCUCUAUUAGAGGUUCUCAACCCUUCUGAAAGUUUUCUGAACAUUAUUGUCGAUUAUCCAUCUGUCGAAUGUACAUCAUCCGUGCUUCAGGCCUUAAUUAUGUUCAAAGAGCUUUACCCAGGGUACCGCAAAGAAGAGAUAGGAAAAUGUAUUAAAAAUGCUUCCAAGUUCAUUGAGGACAAGCAAAGAAAGGAUGGCUCAUGGUUUGGCACUUGGGGUAUAUGUUUCACUUAUGGGACGUUCUUUGGUGUAAAAGGAUUGAUUGCUUCUGGAAGAACUUACGAAAAUAGUUCUUCCAUAAGGAAAGCAUGCAAUUUUCUGUUGUCAAAGCAACGAAGUACAGGUGGAUGGGGAGAGUCGUAUCUUUCUAGUGAAACUGAGGCUUAUGUGGAGGCCACUAGUCCUCAUGCUGUGAACACUGCUUGGGCAAUGUUGGCUUUAAUUUAUGCUGGGCAGGUUGAACGAGAUCCUACGCCACUAUAUCAUGCUGCAAAAGAGUUGAUCAAUAUGCAACUAGAGACGGGAGAGUUUCCCCAGCAAGAACACGUUGGAUGCUUCAACUGCUCCAUAUACUUUAAUUACGGCAACUAUCGCAACUUAUACCCCAUUUGGGCUCUUGGAGAGUUUCGUCGUCGACUGCUUGCGAAGAACUGAAACUGAUGACGAUGAUAUGUCACUUCACUGCUUAGGUUUAGGUGUGGUCGUGCCUGUAACGAAAAGGAGGACCUUAGCCAAACUAUAUAUAUGUGUGUACCACAUACUGCAAUAACACUUACAACCAAAGUGAGUAAUGCAAACAUAAUAGCGCCAGUAUGGUUUGUACAUCUAUGUUUUGGACUGCAAUGGCAUGUCAAUUACUUUGCU